ACUACUCCAACAUUCAAACCUAAUAGUACGUGCUGUAAAAUGGAAAUUUAUUCAAUGCAUGGUUUUAGAAAUAUUGAAUUUGAUCUAGUAGGAAAUAAUAGAAAUGGCAUAUUUAAUGUAAGGGUAAAAUUCUCAGCUCCCAAAUCGUCGUACUUUAAAAUGGAUAGUUUCAUCAUUAGAGUCCAUAUAUUAGAUGAUGGAAAAAAUCUUGGCGAAGUUAUUCAAGAGGAGUUUGUCCAAUACAAAAAUGGAACGGAAAACUACCAAUAUACAAUGACAAAUUUGAAUCAAAGCUUGGAAUACUUCAUAGAAAUUUUCUUGCACUUCCAGAAUGUUAUAAUUUAUGAGUCUUCUUCUAAACACACAUUGAAAUAUCAGAAAUCUCCAAGAGGUCUCUUAAUUGAUUAUUUGCCUUUUAAGAUAAAUAAUGUGAAAAUGGUUAAAGUGAACGGAAAAUUGGGUACACAAAUAUUUUUUAAUGUUGACAAGGACGAUGAAGGUAUUUUGGCAUACACACUUUUUAUAGAAUCUACCAACCCAAGAGAGGGUUUUAAAGAAACAAUUGCGAAUAGGCCAGGAUCAGGAAAAAAGAAUCAUAUAUUUAUUAAUGUGAAACCAAACCUAGAAUUCAAAAUAUCGUUAAUUCAAUAUACCUAUGAGAAAAGAAAUUUUUACAGAACUGAUUAUCGUUUCAUAACUUCUCCUGAAUAUUUUUAA